UCACUCUAUGUUUUUUUCUAAUGGAGUUAUAGCAUCAGCUAGCUCACAUUUACACACAUUAAUAUUCAUACACAACAUACAUAUAACAUAUGUACUUGUACACAUAAACAAUAUUUUUUACUAGGUAGCUUGAAUUUAAGAUUCAUUCGGAUUUCGGCCGGUGGUUGUGAUGAUACAUGGCCAAAGGUCGAGGACUGACCAUAAGUCGAAGCGAGCGUUUGUUAGGGAGCUACAAUUAUCGUCAAACUCAGGGUCCGGUCAACGGCGAAUUGGAGUUUGCGGAAGAUGACGUGUGGUCCGCUGUCGACACGGUUAGUGUCGACAGCGAGGAGCACACGUAUCAUAGUUCCAACGCUGAGUGGACUCCACGUGCGUACGUGGAGACAAAUGUGCGCGUGAGUAGGAGGAGUCACCGGGGAGGUGGAAAUGAGGAAGGCCACGUGGGCGGGUUGUCAUUGGCCUUUGAUGAUCCGGGCCGGGUUUCCUCUCCGCGGAUCGUGCACCAAAUCCGUGGUCAGGAUUACGUGGCGUCGCCACGUGGACGCCAGAUGGCCACGUCAGCGCCCAUCAACGUGCCGGAUUGGUCAAAGAUUUACCGAGUUGAGUCGGUUGAGUCCAUGCAUGACUCGGACGAUUGGGAGGAGCGUGACUUUGAUAUGGUUCCUCCACACGAGUACUUGGCUCGGAGUCGCAACUCGGCUGCCAACUCGGUUUACGAAGGCGUGGGGCGAACACUUAAAGGUAGGGAUAUGAGCCGGGUUCGAGACGCGGUUUGGAGUCAAACGGGAUUUGAUGGUUAAGUGUUAUUUAGAAUGGUUUUAAAUUGUUAAUUGGUCAUUAUUAAAUCAUAUUAAGGUUGAUUUUGCUAGUAUAAUGCUAUCGAUAAAUAUUCAAGCUUUGCUCA